AUGGGUGGAAAACUUAGUAUUACAAUUUUUCUACUUGUUUGUUUAGUGUGGAAGGCUCAAGCAGCCGUGAAUUGUACGGCCACGGGCGUUGGUCGAUUCGCAGAUCCAGCCGACACCACAUGCAAGAAUUACAGUCUUUGUGCACUUGACAGUAACACAAAUACAAUUUUAACCUACAACUACUCGUGCCCUACAACCUCAGUGUUCAACCCAACUACUAGGGUUUGUACUACUAAUUAUGUAUGUCCUACAAAUGGUUCCACAACAAAUACGACCACGACAGCGGUAUGCACUACUGAUGGAUUCGUCGCCGAUCCGAGCUCAACGGACUGCACUACUUACAUUCAAUGUGUGAAUAUCGGCGGAACAUUUAGUCAAACUACAUUGACAUGUCCAAGUGGUACGUUUUAUAAUCCAACUACGACAUUUUGUGAAGUGAGUUAUACAUGUCCAACUACACAAACGAUAAGCUGUACAUCAGUUGGGAGAAUAGCUAAUACCACGGACACAACUUGCCAAGGAUAUGUAUUGUGUGUUGCGGCAACAAAUGGAACUUUAUUGCAAUAUUCCUACACAUGUCCCACGACAUCUUUAUUCAAUCCGAACACACGAGUCUGCACAACUAACUACACUUGUCCCAAUUAGUAUAUUGUAUCGAGUCAUAAUUUACUGUGUAAAUUAGGAAUGAAUAAAUCAUUUACUUAAAC